AUGGCAAACGUGUUGAAAAAUACCGCUGCGACGGAGUUGAUCGCAAAGAUGUAUCUCAACGAGCGAUUGGCCGACGUUCAUUUCGUAUUCAAAGUCAAUGACGAAAUUGAAAAAGUUCCAGCAAACAAAAAUGUAUUGGCAGCUCUAAGCCCGGUAUUUGAUACGAUGUUCUUUGGAUCGUUACCAGAAAAUGGAGACGUUCCCAUUCCCGAUGCGGAUGCCGGUGCAUUCAAGGAAUUUCUCCAGUUGUUCUACCUGGGUGAGAUGACUUUGACCAUGAAGAAUAUCGAGACCGUUGUUCGUUUGGCCGACAAAUACGAUGUCCUCGAACAUGUCAACGCUUUUGCCGUGUUCCUCAAAGGCCAACUGACAUUGGAUAACAUGUGCUGGGGCUAUCAGUUGGCCGUUAAUCUCCAAAAUGAAGAAUUAGUCGAGUUCUGUGAGGACAAAAUUGCCAGAUCGCCAAAGAAAAUCUUUGCUACCGACGCAUUUCAACGUUGCGAUAAAAGUAUUUUGAAACGCAUCAUUGAACUGGAUUUGAUAUGCAAGGAAAUCGAUAUAUUUGAUGCCUGUUUGACGUGGGCCAAAUACGCAUGCGAACAAGACGAUUUGGAUGCUACAAAAGCGGAGAAUUUGAGAACUCAACUCGGUGAUUGUUUGAAGUCAAUUCGAUUCAAUGCAAUGAAAAUUGAAAACUUUUCCACUUUUGUGAUGUUAAACGAUGGACUCUUCACUCCAGAUGAAUUCAAGGACAUUGUGCUUACUUUAACAGCGAAAGGAUAUGAGCCGAAAAUAUUCAAACCAAAUCCCCGACGCUUCAAAAGGAAUGAAAAUGAAGUUUUGUUGUGUCAACGACAAGCUGUGAAUACACCAACAAACCAUCUCACGGGCUCAGAAGUCGCUUGGUUCACAUCAAAUCAAACAGUAUUGUUGGGAGAAAUGUGCUCUGCUCCAACAUUUAAUAUGCAUUAUAUCGAUCAACAGAACGAUGCUGUUAACGUAACAAUUGCAGAAAUUAACAGCGAAUUCCCGAAGAAGGUUUUGUACGAGGGCUCAUCAAAAACUUGGGAUCUCAAUAGAUUGAAAGUGUCUUUAUUGCAACCGAUUAUGAUCAAACCACAUGUUAUGUAUGAAAUUCGUUUUGCAGUGCUCAUGGGAGUUGGAAAAUCGUAUUACUACGGUACGUGGAAACCAACGGUUGAAGUAGAAGAUGGUCUGACAUUCCAAUUUCAUCGAUGCCCAUCUCAUACAAGCUAUGACACUUCUACAUCUGGUUGGAUUCAGUCUUUAGGCGUCAACAGGCUAUAA